UAAACCAGAAUUUUUACAGUACUCUAUUAAGUGAAAGACAGAGCUGAAGAUGCGAUCCCCAGUUUUGUUCGCCUUGGGACUUGUGGCCUUGAUUGCGGCUGCCCACGCCGACGAUCCAACUCCGACUAGUCCAACCUCGCCGUCCUCACCCACAUCGCCGACAUCGCCGACUUCUCCGACGUCUCCAACUUCGCCUACUUCGCCAACUUCGCCAACCUCGCCAACAUCUCCUACCUCCCCAAGUUCACCCACCUCCCCAACUGCUCCGUCGACUUCCCCUUCCGCACCAACUUCGUCAAGCACCCCAGCCACGCCCACAUCCUCCAGUGUGACCUCUUCGCCCAGUGACUCGUCGUCCUCGAGCUCCGACAGGAGCUCGGAGGUGGCCAGGCUAAAGCGCAGGAUUCGCAGGCUGAAACGCCAGGAGAGGCGCCGGCGGAUUCGCCAAGCAAAUCGUCGCCAAAGGCAACGAACCCAGCGUAGAUCCCGUCAACGCCAGAUCCGCAGGUCUUAGGAAGUCAAUUUGUCUAAGGCAAUGUUCUCCCAGAAUAUAAAAUGGAAGCCCAAAUUAAAUAAAAUGUAAAUCGAAAUUA